AAUUGUCAUCUUCUAUACUGAAGAAUGUUCAAUCUGUUCCUUGAGACUGAACACAAGACCAGAGAGCUGGAAAACCCCACAAGAAGCUUUAACACAGAUUCACUCUUUCUUGUUCUUUUCUCCUCCAGGAGCCAAGCUGUUCCCAAAGAUCAUGAACCUGUCUUCUGAGCACUGCAACAUAUCAGAUUGGCUGAGGCUAGAAGCAACAGUGAAGGCCUCUGUCUAUGUGGUCACCUUCUCCUUUGCCACAGUCAUCACUGUCAUCAUUAUGGCAAUAGUGUCACAGAAUUCAAAGCUGCGGGGAGAGGCCCGAUACAUCCUCCUUUGCCAGCAUCUGCUGUGCAUCUCUUCCUACUGUGGCCUGGGGAUCAUUUUCCAAGGAAUACGGGCACUCCUGGCCAACAGCCCCCUGCUGAUAUGCUGGGUGGUGUUUGGAGUCAAGCUGAGCAUUGGAGAUGGGAUUCUCUUCACGCUGGCCUUGAUGGCUCUCAACACUUAUGUGGCGAUUUGCUGGCCACUGAGAUAUCUGUCCUUUGUAGAUUCAGUUAAGUAUAGGAUUCUGGCUGGGACUUGGAUGACCAUUAUACUCAAGAAUGUUUGCUUGUUCAUCAUAGAGGGCACUAAACCCACUGUGGUUGCAGUUUUAAAAUCGGAACCCCUUUGCCCUGUGAUCUUGAACAGCACUCCUGCCAGGGUCACUGGCAUGGUUUUUAUUUUCCUUCUUUUUUCUGUCAUUCUUAUAAGCUACUCUCUGAUAUACCACAAAGGGAAACGGGCUGGCCAUUUUAAUAGGUCAAAUAUCAAAGCAAGGAAAACAGUCCUUAUUCAUUUAGUGCAGAUAAGCUUACAUAUCAUACCACCCCUGAUAUUCAUAGGUUUGGGGAAGGUGUGUGGGGUAUUUUUCUUUGCUUUGAAUCUGGUGGUUUUUGGCAUUUUUGCAUUUGCCCAGUGUUUUAACCCUCUGAUCUAUGGGCUCUGGAAUAAAGAGCUGCAAAGUAGAUUACACCACUGGAUGUGUUUUCAGUUAUGGUGUGGUCACACUGCGAACAGCACAGGGCCAGUUUAGAAAACAACUCAGCCAUUUGAAUCAAUAACUUUAGUCCUAAUGGUUUCAUCAGCUAAGGCUGAGGUCCUGUCUUUCACUCAACCUAAAAUUGGUGCCUUCAUUUGAUUUUGAAAGCAAUAUGAGUAAGUCAAAGUUAUUUGUUUGGCUUACAAACUUGACUACUGUGUACACUGAAUUGGCCUCAGUGAAAUCCUUUUAAUGUCUUUAACUUUAAACCCAGGCCAGUGUUUUCAGUAGUGUGCUCUACUGUGUUUGAGCAGUUAGGCAGAUCUUGGGGAUAUACUUGUUUUUAGAAACUGAGAAAUAGUCCAUGGUUAAUGCGAAGGGAAGAAGUUUGGCUGUUCCCAUUAUGCUAAUUAAGGGUAGAUUCAGCUACAGAUAAUAAAAAUACAGCAACAAAAUAACAGUGGCUUCAAAAAGUUAGAGAUAGAUUUUUUUUCCUUUUUCUUUAAGACAGGGUCUGGCUGUAUCACCUAGACCUGAGAGCAGUAGUGUAAUCACAGCUUACUGCAACCUCGACCUCCUGACCUCAAGUGAUCUUCCAGACUCAGCCCCCCAAGUA